AUGGAAGUGGAUACCUCUGUGAUUGACGAUAUCCUUCGUGGAGCACGAUAUCAGAGUGAAAUUCAUGACCAUGCGAGUUUCAAGACUUUCCUGGAUCGUCUUGUCCUCCCGGGAAUGGUACUACACCUAGAUCCUGAUAGACCAGAUGUUCAUCAUUCAUGGGCUUUGGGUCCUGGUUUACGCCUUUUACCGAAAACCACCCGGCCUAAACAACCAAAGUCUUGGGAUUCAAUCUUAAUCCUCCAGGUGCGUCUAUUGUCUUCGAUUUUGAGUUGCGGUUACAAUGCAUGUUGGAGAGGUUUUAGCUCUGUAACUGGCACAGACAGCUACAAGGUUUGUGACUCACUGGGUACAAUACGCCAGUCGUUACUCAGCACAACAAUUGAAUAUAUGGCGGCUAUCGGAAAGCUGUGGCGUAUACCAACUGAUUGGAAAGAACGCCAAUCACGACCAUGGUCCGAGCCGCAAACUAUGGGGAAAUGGGUGCAUGGGUCAUGA